GUUCGUUUGACUAAAAACCCUAAAAGUAGGGUGGUCGCCGUCUCUGCUCUCAGUUUGGAAACCCCCGUCUUGCCACCUCUCUCGCCGGCGAUGGAGGACGUUUGCGAGGGCAAGGACUUCUCGUUCCCGAAGCAGGAGGAGUCCAUCCUCCGCUUCUGGUCAUCCAUACGGGCCUUCGAGACCCAGCUCAAGCGGACCGAGUCCAUGCCGGAGUACAUCUUCUACGACGGGCCGCCCUUCGCUACCGGACUCCCGCACUACGGUCACAUCCUAGCCGGCACCAUCAAGGACGUUGUCACCCGCUACCAGUCUAUGAACGGCCGCCAUGUCACCCGCCGUUUCGGCUGGGACUGCCACGGCCUGCCCGUCGAGUUCGAGAUUGACACCAAGCUCGGCAUACGGAGCCGGGAGGACGUCCUCGCUAUGGGCAUCGCGGCGUACAACGAGGAGUGCCGCGCCAUCGUCACGCACUACGUGAACGAGUGGGAGGAGACGAUCACGCGCACGGGCCGCUGGAUCGAUUUUAAGAACGAUUACAAGACGAUGGACCUCAAGUUCAUGGAGUCGGUGUGGUGGGUGUUCGCCCAGCUGUGGAAGAAGGAGCUUGUAUAUCGAGGCUUCAAGGUCAUGCCAUACAGCACGGGAUGCAGGACACCGAUCUCAAACUUUGAGGCUGGGCAAAAUUAUAAGGAUGUGUCGGACCCUGCAAUCAUGGUGUCAUUUCCAAUCGUUGGCGAUCCUCAUAAUGCAGCGUUAGUAGCAUGGACAACUACUCCAUGGACACUUCCGAGCAAUCUAGCUCUGUGCGUAAAUGCUGAUUUGGUGUAUGUAAAGGUUCGAGAAAAAACAUCAGGUGUGACUUAUAUUGUUGCAGAAUCUAGGUUGUCCCAGCUGCCUAGCAAGAAGUCAAAAUCAGAAUUAGCUGGAGCUGUUGUGCCUCCACAAGAUAUAUCAUCAGCCAACUCUAAGAGCAAGGGAACCUCGAGCACUAAAACUAAGAGUGGAGUUGAUGCCAAAUCAUAUGAGUUAGUGGAGAAAUUAACAGGCGCUUCUUUAGUUGGAUUGAGAUAUGUUCCUCUGUUUGAUUAUUUCUUGAAGUAUUCGGAUACAGCCUUUAGGGUAGUUGCAGACAAUUAUGUAACUGAUGAUAGUGGAACUGGUGUGGUUCACUGUGCUCCUGCUUUUGGUGAAGAUGAUUACCGUGUCUGUGUUGCUUCUGGUAUAAUCAAGGGUGUGGAUCUUUUUGUGGCGGUUGAUGCUGAUGGUUGCUUUACUGAGGAAGUCUCAGAUUUCUAUGGGCGCUAUGUGAAGGAUGCUGAUAAGGACAUUGUAAAUGCUGUUAAGGUGAAAGGAAGACUUGUAAAUAAUGGAAGUGUCAUGCAUUCUUAUCCUUUCUGCUGGAGAUCAGACACACCCCUUCUAUAUCGGGCUGUUCCUAGUUGGUUUGUUUCUGUUGAAAAGAUUAAGGAGCAGUUGUUAGAAAGUAACAAACAAACAGAUUGGGUCCCCGACUAUGUGAAGGAAAAACGGUUUCAUAAUUGGCUCGAAAAUGCUAGGGAUUGGGCUGUUAGCCGAAGUAGGUUUUGGGGUACCCCUCUUCCUAUUUGGGUCAGUGAGGAUGGCAUUGAGAAGAGAGUUAUUGGUUCUAUUGAUGAACUUGAGCAACUAUCUGGUGCUAAGGUUACUGAUCUGCAUCGUCACUAUAUUGAUCACAUAACCAUUCCUUCUGAACGUGGUCCUGAGUUUGGGGUUCUUCAUCGCAUUGAUGAUGUCUUUGACUGCUGGUUUGAGAGUGGGUCAAUGCCAUAUGCUUAUAUUCAUUACCCGUUUGAGAAUGUGGAACUCUUUGAAAAGAACUUUCCGGGACACUUUGUUGCCGAGGGCCUUGACCAAACGCGAGGAUGGUUCUAUACACUUAUGGUGCUAUCUACGGCAUUGUUUGGGAAGCCUGCAUUUAGAAACCUUAUCUGCAAUGGUCUUGUGUUGGCUGAGGAUGGGAAGAAAAUGAGUAAAAGAUUGAAGAACUACCCAUCGCCAACCGAAGUCAUAGAUGAUUAUGGAGCGGAUGCAUUGCGAUUAUAUCUGGUUAAUUCUCCUGUUGUUCGUGCUGAACCUUUGCGGUUCAAAAAGGAUGGUGUAUAUAGUGUGGUCAAAGAUGUCUUCCUUCCAUGGUAUAACGCAUAUAGAUUCCUCGUUCAAAAUGCAAAAAGGCUUGAGGUUGAGGGUCUUGCACCUUUUGUUCCAGUGCAUUAUGAAGCCCUUCAAAAGUCUUUGAAUGUGCUUGACCAGUGGAUAAAUUCUGCUACUGAAAGUUUAGUUCAAUUUGUUCGUCAAGAAAUGGAUGCUUAUCGGUUGUACUCGGUUGUCCCGUAUCUUCUGAAGUUCAUUGACAAUCUUACCAACAUAUAUGUGCGUUUUAAUCGAAAGAGAUUGAAGGGACGCACAGGAGAAGACGACUGCAGAAUCUCUCUUUCAACUUUAUAUCAUGUGCUUUUAACUACAUGUAAAGUGAUGGCUCCAUUCACACCUUUCUUUACAGAGGUUCUUUAUCUAAACCUUCGGAAGGUCUCUGGUGGAUCUGAGGAAAGCAUUCAUUUUUGUAACUUUCCUUCAGCAUUAGGGAAGCGGGAGGAGCGCAUUGAGCAGAGUGUCACAAGGAUGAUGACUGUCAUUGACCUGGCACGCAACAUUCGGGAGCGUCAUAGUAAACCUCUCAAAACACCACUCAAGGAAAUGAUAGUUGUUCAUCCUGAUUCAGACUUUCUGGAAGAUAUUACUGGAAAGUUGAGGGAGUAUGUGAUGGAGGAGCUCAAUGUUAAAUCAGUGGUUUCAUGCAAUGAUCCUUUGAAUUAUGCUUCAUUACGAGCUGAGCCUGAUUUUAGUGUAUUAGGUAAAAGAUUAGGGAAGGCAAUGGGUGCUGUGGCUAAGGAGGUCAAGGCAAUGUCUGAGGCUGAUAUAUCGUCUUUUGAGCAAUCUGGAGAAGUCACAUUCUCCGGGCAUUGCUUGAAGCUGAAUGAUAUAAAGAUAUUGCAUGAGUUCAAACGGCCUUCUGGUACUACAGAAAAGGAGAUUGAUGCUGCUGGAGAUGGUGAUGUUUUGGUGGUAUUGGAUUUGAGAGCCGAUGAAUCAUUGUUUGAUGCAGGAGUUGCUCGAGAGGUUGUCAAUCGGAUUCAGAAAUUACGUAAGAAAGCUGGUCUGGAGCCCACUGAUGUUGUAGAGGUUUACUAUGAACCUCUUGGGAAAAGUAAAAAUGUUUUGGAGAAAAUUGUGGAAUCCCAGGAGGAAUACAUCAAAGAUGCUCUUGGGUCUCCUUUACUUCAUCAAAGCAACACUCCCCCUCAUGCUGUGAUUUUGUGUCAGGAGGAGUUUCAGGUCUUGCUAUCACGUGAGGAACAACUACCUAGUGUCUCAUUCGUUGUUAGCAUAGCAAAGCCUGCUCUGAUGUUUGAUACCGGAGCUAUUGUUGCAUUAUAUUCAGGUGAUGAGAAGCUUGCUGAAAGUUUACAGACAUAUUUGUUGUCAAGAGAUCUUUUGAAUUUGAAAUUAGAGUUUCAAAGAGGAAAUGGGAAGAUUAAGGUAGAUAGUUUUGAGAAUCAGCUACCAGUUGAGUUGGAGUUAGAAAAGCAUGUCUUUCUCAGUGCAGCAGAUUACUACUCGAGAAACAAGGAACUGACGGACUAAAUGUCAGAUUAUUUUGCUUGUAUUUCCCUGGAUUCUAGCCUCACAGUUCCUGCAAUCGAUUCCUUCCUGAAGAUUUUACAACUCAUUUCGCUUGAGCAACAUUCAUAUUGGUACUUCAACAAUUUAAUUUAUAAACCAUAUGUAAUCACUUGCUGCACGCGUGUGAUAUUGCAAGUUUGUGUAGUCUGAUAAAUGCAUAAUUAGACAGGCAAAUCAAAUUUGCUGUAUUCUUAAAAUUUUGGUUAAUGUAAUUUAAUGAUUUUCUGUAAUACAUCUUUGCAGUGUUCUUAAUUCCAGCAGUCGAACAACUUUUUCUUCU